CCACUGCCUCAGAGAUAAAUAGUGAGCAAACUUUCAUUUCUGAUUAGACACUGCGUAGCACUGCACACUGUUUGUCUGACACUGGAGAGCCUUUUCCACAGCCAUGAAAGUACUUCUUGUUGCUGCAGUGGUCGUCCUGAUCCACGGCAGUUAUGCCACUCUGCUCAUUAAAGGGCCGACCCAACUGGUUCUGGAGGGAGACAGGGUGACGCUGGAGUGUCGCUACUCAGACUCUGAGCUCAACAUCAGCCAGGUCCGCUUUGAGGUCUUCUCCAAGUAUUUGCAGAGCUGGCAUCAGAUCUACGAGCGCUCCUGGUGCUUCUACUCGAUGGAGACCGAGCUGACAGCUGACAGCCUGCUCCUGACUAUCCCCCACGCAGGGAGUUACUUUCAGGGGCCUUAUCGCUGCGUGUCCGAGGCUGAGAAUGUGACCGCGCCAGACAACUCCUCCGAGCCGCUGGCCUUCAAAGUGCAUUACAUGGGGGAUCUGUCACUGACCAGGGAGGGCUACACCCGCUACCUGGGUAUCCCGAAGGACCUGAAGGUGCAGCCCAGGGAUGACGUGGUGCUCAAGUGCUCUGCCAGCUCCUCGGAGGAGCUUAGCUACUUCUGGCACAAGAAGGGUAGCGACUGGAUCCUGCCGUCCUCAACGCUCACACUGAAGAAGGUGAGCGCGGAGGAUGACGGAGAGUACACCUGCAUGGCUCAAAACCGUGCUGUGGAAUCACUCAGCAAGAAACGCUCAGUCAGAAUCACCGUUCUGCCGGAGGAUGCCCCCUGGUACGAGUCCAGUAAUGGCCGUCUCAUUCUGAUGACCUCGGCGGCGGCUGUGGCUCUGCUGGUGUUCGUCCUCUCUGUGAGCGUGUUCCUGUGCCGCAGGGCCAAGCAGACCAAGACCAGCAAGGGACCGAUCGACGACCACUCCCAGAAGAAGCCCAUCUACCGAGGCAGCUCGGAGUCCCUGCCCUCUGCCUGCGGAGACAAACAGCCCCUGGUGUGACUGCACAGGCAGGUGGAAGGAUGGGGCAGAUCGGGGGGGGGGGGGGAGAUAGAGCGAGAGGCAAGGAAGAUGGAGUGGGUGGCCCAGAAAUGAGGGAUGGCACAGAAGGUAUACUGAAAGAAGGAGGAGAUGGUAUAGGUUUAAGAGAACUGUAGGGUGAAAAUCAAAGUGAGCAACAAGCUGGGUGCUUUGCUUGUGGGCGUAUGCCGUUAUACAUCAGGAACACAAAGGUGGGCAAUUUUCUCUUCACUUAUUCCGCAGCGUGGAAAAAAGGACUCGACGUACAAUCCUCUCCUUUCUGUUGCAAACUUAAUUGCUGAGCUGCGUAUUACCAAUAAACCAAUCGGGUGACGGGGCAAGCUUUUAUUUUGUUGAUUUUUUAUUCCCUGUUUUUCAACCAGCUCAAAGAAUCUGUGAAAAUGUCUUUAUGAUCGCUGUGCCGUUGCAGCUCCCAAGCACAUUGCACUUCACCAUUUAAUUCACUGUACUUUGUAUUUCUUCUUGUAUUAAAUGGCUCUUAGAUGUC